AUUUAAAAUUUAAGGCCAGUGUUCGCCGGACCGCCGUAGAAUAAACACGUGUCGCGGGACGCGGCCUCACUGUGUAAAUAAUAUACUCGUGAAAAUUAAAAAAUAAUCGUAUCUUUAAUAUAGUUAGUUCCUGUUGUGUUUAUGCUGCGAUUUAUAAGACAAGUCUGCAAUAUGAAACCGCCAUCGAACGCUUCACUCCUUCACGAUGUGGAUAUACCCACGAAGAAAGCGACGUUUGGAAUGGGCUGCUUUUGGUCAAAUGAUUCGCUAUUCGGAGUCACUCCAGGAGUUAUUCGGACCAGGGUUGGCUACUCGGGCGGUACCACCAAGAAUCCUCAUUACAGAAACCUAGGUGAUCACACGGAGGUGAUAGAAAUAGAUUACGACCCGAAGAGCGUGACAUACGGUGAUCUCCUGAACAUGUUCUGGGCCAACCAUGAAUACGGACUCACCACGAAUCUGAAGAGACAGUACCAAUCCUUGAUAUUAUACCACGAGGAGGAACAGCGUCAGUUGGCAGAGGCUUCGCAUAAGGUGAUGCAGGAGCGGUGCAACGGACAGCUCAGGACUGAGAUAGCACCAGCAGGCAUCUUCUACCCAGCUGAAGACUAUCACCAGAAAUACAGACUUCAAGGCCACAAAGACUUGUGCCGUAGCCUCGGUCUUGAUUCGAAAAAACUACAAACGUCACAUUUGGCGGCGAGACUGAAUGGUUACCUUGUGGGUCUUGGCGGGAAAGCGCAGUUCGAACAAGACGUGGUUAGAUUAGGACUGACUGAGAAGCAAGCUGAAUAUGUCCGACGUGAAAUGGAAAGAAACGAAGGUGGCGGAUUGGCUUGCUAGAAUAAUAUGAAAUCUCAUAGUUUAAUCUAUAAUUAUUACAUACCUAAUGAAUUUGCUUAUUUACAAAACGGCGGUUUAUUGCUGUUGCAGAUAAAUCUAUGGAUGGUGUACCUAUUUGCGUACGUUCAAUUAAUUUAAUAUGUUAAAUUGAAAAGUUUUCAGUACGUUUUAAAUAUCGGAUAUUCGUUCACAACAUCAAAAUGGCCUCAAAAAUAUUAUAUCAACAUUUAAAAUCAGAAAUUGCAUUUAACUACGUGAAACCUGUUUUUACACUAGACAAUCUUGAUAAAAUUACAUUUUACAUGACGUACACAUAUACAAUAUAGUUCAUCUAUAUUUAUUGUGACUUAUGAGCACUGGCAACAUUGCGUCAUUCUACAACUUAUAUUGGCCGAUGGACCUGCUUUCCGUGCCAUUAAAAAAAAAGCAAAUAUCAAAGCCAAGCCCGUGAAAUAGUCCUGAAUAAAUAGAUAUAUUUUUUGUGAUAUAUUAUAACUAAGACACUUCCAUCUUUAUACCUAUAUAAAUUCAUUUGAAUAAUUAAAAUGAUUUUACUAUUCAUUCCAAUUAUUGUUAUUAACAAAUGUAGCUCCUUGUUAGAUCUACAGCUCUCAAAUUAUUUUUUAUAUAAAUUCAUAAUUCUUCAUUGACGUUUUGAUAUUGAUGGAUUAAUAUCGUUUAGUUAUAUUUAUACCUAGAAAUUAUUAUUAUAAUAUAAAUACUGUAUAAUGUGUAUGCAGAAUGACGAUUGUGAAGUCAACGCAAAAUAUUAUUAUGUUUUGUUUUA